UAGCGACUACCGCAGCGAGACCAGCAGCAGUUUGCCGCCUCGGUACCACACCACGGCCCAGCCCAACUCGUCCGUCCACCAGUUCCCCAUGGGGCCCCGCGGCGCCCAGCUGCAGCCACACUGCUGCACCGACUCGGUCCACAGCUUGGACCUGGACUACCGGGACCAGAGAGGAAGCAGUCCGGUGGAAAGUAAUCGUUUCGGGUCGUCGGGGAACCUGAGCCAGGCUAGCUCGCAGCUAAGCGAGACCGGCCAUGAGAGCACCGGCGGCUCCGAACUGGAAGAGUCUUUCCACUCCUACCAUAGCACCGGCUUACACCCGUCCACCAACGGCCAGCCGCGUCCCACCGGGCCUCCCGCCAACGGACACUCGACUGGCAGCGAGAAGGACGCAGACAUUCAGUCCAACGAAGUACUGCAGAGUCUCAAGAGCGACGCAUCAGAGAAAGAAGCACCAAAACUCCCAAGAUUCCAUGAUGGAGGCCAGCCGCUGCCUUUCUCCCCGUCUAGAGUUCGUUGGUUGAAAGCCAUCAACAAAGUGAGAGUUCAGCUUCGGGAGGUCAGAGAUGUGGAGCCCAACAGCAGACAGGCCUGGGUCAAACCAGGCGGUGGAUCUGGCCUGUAUGGAAUCGACAGCAUGCCAGAUUUGCGUAAGAAGAAGCCCUUCCCCCUGGUCAGCGAGGUGUCGCUCGUCCAAGCCAGAAAGGCAGGGAUCGCCUCCGCCAUGGCGGCACGAUCCUCGGUCAAAGACGAGGAGCUGAAAAACCACGUUUACAAGAAGACCCUGCAGGCGCUCAUCUACCCCAUUUCCUGCACGACGCCGCAUAACUUUGAGGUGUGGACGGCCACCACUCCCACUUACUGCUAUGAGUGUGAGGGGCUGCUGUGGGGAAUCGCCCGCCAGGGCAUGCGCUGCUCCGAGUGUGGCGUUAAGUGCCAUGAAAAGUGCCAAGAGCUGCUUAAUGCGGAUUGUUUACAACGCGCAGCUGAGAAAAGCUCCAAACACGGAGCAGAAGACCGGACCCAGAAUAUCAUCAUGGCCAUGAAAGACAGGAUGAAGAUCCGAGAGAGGAACAAACCUGAGAUCUUUGAGCUGAUCAGAGAGGUCUUCGUCGUCACCAAAGCCAUUCACGCUCAGCAAAUGAAGACCAUCAAGCAGAGCGUGUUGGACGGGACGUCAAAGUGGUCGGCCAAGAUCACCAUCACAGUGGUUUGUGCGCAGGGGCUGCAAGCGAAAGACAAGACCGGUUCCAGUGACCCGUAUGUGACCGUUCAGGUGGGGAAGACCAAGAAGAGAACCAAAACCAUCUAUGGGAACCUCAACCCCGUCUGGGAGGAAAAGUUCCACUUCGAGUGCCAUAAUUCUUCAGAUCGCAUCAAAGUUCGUGUUUGGGACGAAGACGAUGACAUCAAGUCCAGAGUGAAGCAGCGUCUGAAGAGGGAGUCAGACGAUUUCCUGGGUCAGAGUAUCAUCGAAGUUCGAACGCUGAGCGGAGAAAUGGACGUCUGGUACAACCUGGAGAAACGGACGGACAAGUCGGCCGUGUCGGGAGCCAUCCGCCUCCAGAUCAACGUGGAGAUCAAAGGAGAAGAGAAAGUGGCUCCGUACCACGUCCAGUACACCUGCCUGCACGAGAACCUGUUCCACUUUUCCACCGACGUUCUGGGUCAGGGUGCGGUUCGGAUCCCCGAGGCCAGAGGAGACGACUCCUGGAAACUUUACUUUGAUGACGUGGCGCAGGAGAUAGUGGACGAGUUCGCAAUGCGCUACGGGAUCGAAGCCAUUUACCAAGCCAUGACACACUUUGCCUGCUUGUCCACUAAGUACAUGUGUCCUGGGGUUCCUGCAGUGAUGAGCAGCCUGCUGGCUAAUAUCAAUGCUUUCUACGCCCACACUACCGCCUCCACCAAUGUGUCCGCCUCCGACCGUUUCGCUGCUUCCAACUUUGGGAAGGAGCGUUUUGUCAAGCUUUUAGACCAGCUUCACAACUCCUUACGUAUUGAUCUCUCCACCUAUCGGAACCAUUUUCCUGCCAGCAGCAAAGAUCGGCUGCAGGAUUUGAAAUCAACCGUGGAUCUUCUGACCAGCAUCACUUUCAGGAUGAAGGUCCAGGAGUUGCAGUCUCCGCCCAGAGCCAGCCAGGUGGUGAGGGACUGCGUUAAAGCCUGCCUCAACUCCACCUACGACUACAUCUUCAACAACUGCCACGAACUCUACAGCAGGCAGUACCAGCCUGCAGACGCAAACAAGGAGGAGCUCCCCCUAGAGGAGCAGGGCCCCAGCAUCAAGAACCUGGACUUCUGGCCCAAACUCAUCAUGCUGAUCGUCUCCAUCAUAGAGGAGGACAGGAACUCCUACACACCUGUGCUCAAUCAGUUUCCACAGGAACUGAGCGUAGGAAAAGUUUCAGCUGAAGUCAUGUGGACGUUGUUUGCUCAGGACAUGAAGUACGCUCUGGAAGAGCAUGAGAAGCACAGACUGUGUAAAAGCACCGACUACAUGAACCUGCACUUUAAAGUCAAGUGGCUCUACAAUGAAUACGUCAAGGAGCUUCCGAUCUUUAAGGAUGUCGUUCCUGAUUAUCCAUCUUGGUUUGUGCAGUUCGUUCUGCAGUGGUUGGAUGAAAACGAGGACGUGUCGAUGGAGUUCAUGAACGGAGCGCUGGAGAGAGACAAGAAAGACGGAUUCCAGCAGACGUCGGAGCACGCGCUGUUCUCCUGCUCCGUGGUGGACAUCUUCACCCAGCUCAACCAGAGCUUUGAGAUCAUCAAGAAGCUGGAAUGCCCCGACCCCAGCGUCAUGGCUCACUACAGCCGCCGCUUCUCCAAGACAAUCGCCAAAGUUCUCCUGCAGUACAGUGCCAUCCUGACCAAGAGCUUUCCUUCUUAUAUUGACAAGGAGAAGAUUCCCUGUGUCCUCAUGAACAACGUGCAGCAGCUGAGAAUCCAGCUGGAGAAAAUGUUUGAGUCAAUGGGGGCCAAGCAGAUGGACACGGAGGCCAGCGACCUGCUCAACGACCUGCAGGUUCGGCUCAACAACGUUCUGGACGACCUCAGCAGCACGUUUGGGAACAGCUUCCAGAGCCGCAUCACCGACUGCAUGCGGCAGAUGGCGUCGCUGCUGUACCAGAUCAAAGGACCGCUCAACGAAAACACCAAGAACCAGGUGGAGGGCGACUCGGACAACAUGCUGCGGCCGCUCAUGGACUUCCUGGAUGCGCAAUUAACGCUGUUCGCCACGGUGUGUGAGAAAACCGUCCUGAAGCGCGUUCUGAAGGAGCUGUGGAGGAUCGUGAUGACCAGCCUGGAGAAGAACAUCGUCCUGCCGCAAGGGAACGACACCUUGGGAGCACAGAUCCUUUCUGCUGCUAAAGAACUGGGACACCUUUCCAAACUGAAGGAUCACAUGGCAGGAGACGCUAAAAGCCUGACGCCCAGGCAGUGUGCCGUCAUGGAUGUGGCUCUGGAUACCAUCAAGCAAUACUUUCAUGCGGGCGGGAACGGCUUGAAGAAGACUUUCCUGGAGAAGAGCGCUGAGCUUUCGUCGCUCCGCCACGCUCUGUCGCUCUACACCCAGACCACCGACACGCUCAUCAAAACCUUCGUGACCACGCAGCAUUCACAGGGCUCAGGUGUGGACAAACCCAUCGGAGAGGUUUCCCUGCAGAUUGAGCUGUACACUCAUCCCAAGAGCGGAGAGCGGAAAGUUACUCUCAAAGUGAUUGCAGCCAGUGAUUUGAAGUGGCAGACGUCUGGGAUGUUCAGACCCUUCGUGGAAGUCACGAUGAUCGGGCCGCACCUCAGCGACAAGAAGCGCCGAUUUCAGACCAAAUCCAAGAACAACAGCUGGUCUCCCAAAUACAACGAGACCUUUCACUUCGUUCUGGGUGUUCAGGACGGGUUCGAGUGCUACGAGGUUCAAGCCUGCGUCAAGGACUACUGCUUCGGCCGCGCCGACCGGGUGGUGGGCCUGGCUGUGGUGCAGCUGAGGGACAUCAUGGAGAGGGGCAACUGCGCCUGCUGGUGCCCCCUGGGGCAGCGCAUCUCCAUGGACGACACGGGCCUGACCGCCAUGCGGAUCCUCUCCCAGCGCUCCAACGACGACGUCGCCAAGGAGUUCGUCCGGCUCAAGUCCGAGACCCGAUCAGCAGAGGAGGGAAGAUGAGGCUCUGCUUGAUGCAGUGGCACUGCUUUGACCUCUGACCUGUCUUGGCUGCUGUGUAAAACCUCACCAGC